GCAACUUUGUUGGUGGUGCCGUGUGCAAGUCUCUUUGUUGUCGAGGUGCGCGUGCGUGCUUGUGGGUGGUCUUGCACACGGGUCGGCAGCGGCAGCAAGCGCGAUUACAGACGAAGGCAGCAGCGGCAGCAGCAAGUGCCCUGGGACACUCCACUCUGCGCGUUGUUCCAGCCCGCGUGCGUGCGUGUGUGUGCGGUGUGCGCGCGCUGCAACAUCCACUACCCAUGCGACGCCAGGCAAUUCGAAGCAGUUAGUUCCUCGGUCGAGUCAUUCGUUGUUGUUAUUAUUAUUAUUGUUGUUAUUAAUAACGCGGUAAAGGGACACAAGGCGCGUUCAUACGGCGUGGGUGCCGGGUGUCUCACAUUCGCUUGAAUUUCAACCGUGAACCCGGUGGUUCCACCUCGGGGGCAGGCUUGGCUGUUAAGAGGGCAGCCUCGAGGGGAAGUAAUAGUACGGGGUGGUGGUGGGGGGAGGCGAGAGACUGCGAGGGGAGGCGAGGGGUAGCCCGCGGCGUACGCGGUUGGAGGGGAGUCGGGCAGGCCGCGGCGGGGUUGUCGAAUCGCGAUGGAGAUGGACGGCACGGAGAGGACUGGUCUCUUGGGCGUUGCGAAGAGUAGAUCGUACACGAGUGAAGACGACAGCGCCUGCAUGAUCGGAGGCUCCAGCCCGUCGGUCUCGCUCGACAUGGCAAUGUGGCACUGCCACGCAGACCGCUCCUUGAGCGGCGAGCGCCACCGUGAGAAGCAGCACGCCAAGCGCAAGCUCUACAUCGCCUCCUUCGUGUGCCUCGUCUUCAUGAUCGGCGAGAUCGUCGGCGGCUACUUGGCCGGCAGCCUGGCCAUCAUGACGGAUGCCGCUCACCUCCUCACGGACUUCGCGAGCUUCCUCAUCAGCCUCUUCUCCCUCUGGGUUUCCUCCAGGCCGGCAACCAAGAACAUGAACUUUGGGUGGUUCCGAGCAGAGAUCCUUGGAGCACUGCUGUCGGUGCUGGCCAUCUGGGUGGUGACGGGUGUUCUGGUCUACCUGGCGGUGCAGAGGAGCGUGAGCAACGACUUCAGCAUCGACGGAGAGGUCAUGCUCAUCACGGCCGCUUGCGCCGUCGGCGUUAACAUCAUCAUGGCCGUGACGCUGCACCAGCCAGGCAGCCACGGCCACAGCCACGGCGGCAGCCACGGCCACGGCCACAGCCACGGAGGGGGGAAGGGGAGCGAGCAGAACGUGAACGUGAGGGCGGCGUUUAUCCACGUGCUGGGCGACCUGCUGCAGAGCCUGGGCGUUCUCAUCGCCGCCAUCAUCAUCUUCUUCAAGCCAAACUUGAAGAUAGCCGACCCGAUUUGCACGUUCAUCUUCUCCGUUAUCGUGCUGGCCACCACGAUCGGCAUCCUGAGGGACGUGCUCAGGGUGCUCAUGGAAGGGACCCCCAAGGGCAUUGACUUUAACGAGGUCAAGGCAUCGCUGCUGGCAGUGCCCGGAGUGCGUGAUCUGCACAGCUUGCACCUCUGGGCCCUCACCAUGAACCAGCCCGUGCUGUCUGUGCACAUCGCCAUCGAGGAGUCUGUCGACCCUCACCUCGUGUUGAGCGAAGCGACGAUCGCGCUGCACAAGAAGUUUGGCUUCUACACGACGACCAUCCAGGUGGAGCGCUACAUGGACGAGAUGCAAAAUUGCACCGACUGCCAGGACCCGAGCGACUGAAACUGUGCGAGCGGAGAGAGGCCCAGUUGAUCCCCCCCCCCCCCUCUGCCCCCCACGCUCCCCCCCCCCCGUUCUCCACCACCCCCUCCCUAAAACGCUUCAAUAAGAAAAUAAAUGCAGACGCCAUUUUUACAGGAGCAGUACGCUUCAUCGAUUUAAAAUCGAUUAUUACGCGGGAGAAGGGGUGCGUGUUGAUUUGUCUGCGUGCGUAUUGAGCGCUGCUCGAUUUGCGUGCAUGUUUGUUGCCAUGGAACUGGUUUGCGUGAACUCCACAGCCACUGUGGAGGCGCUCCAUGCACCACAAUGUCAGAAUGAAUCGAUUCUUAGACGGAAUCUCGAGAGGUGGGGGUGGGGGGGUUAAAUCGUUAUGGGCUAUGGUCAUAGUGUUAAAACCAUAAGAUUUUUAAAUCAGAUUUUAACAUUAUACUACUGCUCUGCCAACGUCACUGAUCCAUUUUUGUGCACCUUCAUUCGUUGGUCUGCAGUCCAUCUUUGAUCGCGUUGUGAUCCGAGUGUGUUUCGCACGUUUGGGCUGCGCUUGAAUAUAUUUUGGGUCUUAUCCUCCAACUUGCGUCACGAAUUAGGCCCCCAAAUCCUCCUCGGGUGACGUCACGAGAUCUUUAACGGGCCCGCUAGUGGAGCAGACGGCGCCUAACCCGGGUUGUUAACCCUGCGGGGUUUUAUUAACCAGGUCGGCCGCACGUGCUUCGAACCGCAAAUGGUUCCGCAGCAAUCGGCAAACGCAGCCACCGCUUGUCCAGGUCACACCGUCACUCUUUCCAGCUGCCGUCUCUACGCACAAGGCGACGCACGCCCGUUAACCUCCCCUGCCAAAACUGAGCUAUGAACUAAACCGUUUCACUGAGCUGUAUAGCUCUUCAGAAGCGACCUGGCCACAAAUGAUCGCUCGACGAAGUGGGUUAUCAUCAUGUGGAAUUGUAUAGUAGUCGAAUACUCUAAACCCAUGUAUCUAAAUGUGGAGGGAAAAGCCGGAGGACCUGGACAAAAAUCCACGUGACCACGGGGAGAAUGCAAACUCCAAAUAUACAGGCGUCAGGUUCGGGAUUGAACCCACAACAUCCUGUAUACCAGGCGAAGCAGUUAACAUCUCGCCACCAUGGUGCUCAUCCCAGAGCAGUCGAACCAAUAUUCUUUGAAACGCUGAACACUUUGGAAAUAACAACAAAAAUUUCGUGUUGUUUUACGGCUCACGGGAAACCAGUUUAAUCACGGAUUUUCGCCUUGCCACUCUGGCUGAUGUUGCAAUUCCGGAGCUAACUGGUGGCGAGAUAUUAUCUGCCUCACCUGGUAGGCAGGAGUUUGCAUGUUCUCUCCUUGGUCGUGUGGAUUUUUCUCUGGGUCGUCCGGUUUUUCGCUUCCACAUCUUAGAAGCAUGCUUUUAGAGUAUUUGCCUGCUCGAACUUUCCACUUCGUUGAGCUAUCAUUUGUAGUCUGGUCGCUUCUGAAAAAGAGCAACAUAGCCUUACCAAGGUAAAUAAAAACCAUUGCGUUUUUUAAUAGUAUCCGAGAUCUAAUUGUUCUGCAGCCAACUUGCACCUUGGUUAUCAUUACAGGUUAAAGUUAGCCCUGGAAUGUCACAGUUUUAGUUGUAAAUUUUCCGUUUUGAAAAAAAAAGCUUAUCCGAGUGCAUACGUUGUUUAUAAAGAUGGCUGGUUGUCGCAGAAGUCGGUUGCUGGACUGCCAUUGCUGAACUCCUGGGUUUGAAUCUGGGCACCUGCUUAUGAGAAUGCUACCAGGGCUGAGUAAGUCAUCCUUACUGCAGGUAAACCGAUGGGCUCGGUCCAGUCACCAAUGAUUGCACGCAAAAAAAAAACCCAUCGCAUUAAAUGUAUGUUUAUUUUAUUUGGUUAUUACUGCGCGCGUAUUAACCGUAAACCUACGCGCGCAUCUGCUUUUUGUGGCAAGCGUUGAAGGUCCCGCAAUGUAUAUUUUUUUGCAAGAAGUAAGCCGACCACGUGCCGGCGUCGCUGUCCAAUUUUUUAAAAUGACCCGCGAAUGACUCGAUGGGAUUAUGCAGGGUGAUCGUUCGGUGGGAGGGGGGGGGACCUCCUUAAGCGAAAACUUGACGGGACCCUCGAGAAAACGGGCCUUGAGACUCGGUGAGGUUUUCCUGGGUAAACAAGCAUAGCAAUAAAAUAAAUUAUGGGGGCGGGGGGGGGAGUCAAAAAGGGAAAACAGAAAAUAAGCUGCCGAUGCCCAUCAGCCUGUGGUCUUUACACGAUAAGUUGUGACUGCUGGAUGUAAUUUUACCUCUGCCCGUCUGAUCUGUUAACGCCGGUACCCAUCUCAUGUUCAGCAUUGCUUUCUGUGUGCGUGGCAUUUAGAUGGCACAAAAAUCCCAUCAUAUUAAGUUUGGUGUUCGGUGUUUUGGUCUUUUUUUUUUUCCCCCCAACGCUUUUCAUGAACACAUGAGAUUUGUCCGUCCGAUAGGGAGGUGACUGGGUGGGGUUGGGAGGAGGGGAGGGGGAGUUGUCAUGAUAACUCUGACAGGCGAACCAACACAAACAGAAUGUUGGAAUAAAGUUGUGUUCCUAUUCGGGACGUUCCCUCUAGAAAACUGGCCAAAUCGAUGAAACGAAUGCCCAAAACCUGGCGCUUAAAACCAGUGCUGGCAUGAUUCACCGCGGUGCCGUCGCGUGGUCUCUGCGGCGUCACGUGAGCCGAGCGCCGUCGCGUGACCUCGGCACCGUCACGUGACCUCGGUGCCGUCGCGUGACCUCUGCGUCGUCGCGUGACGUCGUAGAGUGAGCCUGACGGCGUCGCAUGAUGUCAACUCACGACGUCACUCGUCAUGCAUCACGUGACUUUAACUAAACUAUUCAAGGAUAAGAGGUUUAAAUUUUUGGGUUAGAUCGUGUAAAUAUAUAAAUGUGUCAUUAAACCCACCACCACCCGACACGUACAGCACACCGGUGUUUUGGAGAGCCAAGCCACAACAUUUACCAUCUGAGAACGACGUUUCGCCAGUAAUUACAACUAGCUUCAUCAGGCGACAGCCACAUUUGUGGAGAAGUCCACCUGUUUCGUUCCUUAUAUAGAGGCGUAGAUGUGGUGACCAGGCAUGUUUUUUAUUAGCUAUUUCAUCGCACGAUGCACAUGUUGUGUUGUGUGUGCAUCGCUGACGCAUUCAUUGUAACGUGAAUUAUUUUGUUCCGAUGAGUUUUCAUUUUAAACGAAAUAAUGUGACGAAGCUUUCGACGUAACAAAAUACUCUGUUAAAACAAAAUAUAUAUUGUACAAUUUUGCACGUGAUUUACGCAUUCGAUCAUCAUUGUCCCAAUCGCCAGUUGCCCCGCGGUAGGCGUGGCCUGUAGGGGUUUUCCCCACCUUCAGGAGGCAGGAUGUCGAGGUGGACCACGAAUUUUAACGGGACCCGAGUAACCAACCUCAAAAGGGAGCAGUCGAUUAAUCGAUUCCAAUGAAUAAUCACUGCGGCUCUGCUUCCCAGCUCGUGUAUUCAAAAAUGGCCAUACGUCCGUUUGGCCAGCGGGUGGCGUGAGGUUGUCCAACGGUGGCUUGAGACAAGAGUAGGGGGCAUGGGGGGGAUGCCUGGCACCGGGCAAGUUCGGCGUAAAUACCAGGGCAUUCGAGCAGUCUUUCGGGCUGCGUUGUUUCAUGUCGAGAAAUCCACAAAGUAAGAUGGAGAGAUGCUACGACCAGAAUUUCCACUAAGAGGAAGAGGGGCACACGGAUGGAUCAUGGGAGACGCGUUAGACGCACGUUCCAUGAUUGUCCAGAAAAGUAAAUGGGCUUGAGCAGCACACGUCGCGAAAAUGAAUGACGACCAAUGGACGAGGCGAGAGAUGGAUUGGCAGCCAAAGGAGAGAAUGUGCUCGGAGAGGGGACGCACAUCGCAGAGAUUGAGCGGUGAGAUCGCCUUAUGUGCUGGAGUUCGAUAGAUUGUGGCAUAGCAGGAUGGCGACGGCGCAGGAAGGCCUUCAAUCCAGCAGUGGAUAGACUGAGGCUCGUGGUCUAUCCUGUGUUGCAUUUUGGCAUCUCGUGUACAUCACUGUUCCAUAGGUGCCCUCUCUACAGUGCUAUCAUAGCUGCAUUAUAGGCAUUAUUUAAUAUUAGCAGCCCAUGAUGAAUCCAGGCCGUGCAAUGAAUGCCAAUGUCGGUCACGGUGGGUGUUUGACAACUCUCAUCAUAUCCGGCGAGUGGGGUUUAGUGAAGGUGAGGACCAGGAUCCGUCCAGACAUCACUCGCCAUCCAUGGUCGGUAAUGAAAUCCAGACCGCGGGGUUCAUUACUGCGCUGCUAGUUAUUGACGUUUUGGAUUUUUAGAUUUAAAAAAAUCAGUUUUCAAUUGUAGAAUGACCAUUGGUACUUUAAUGAGUGGCAUUCAACAUCGUAAUAUGAUAAACAUUCUCCGUUGAGAAACUCCUUUGCCGAGCAGUGUCAAGUGAAGUGCCCCAGAAGCUGGCAAUCACGGAACUACUUUUGAAGUCUUUAAAUCAACGCCAAGGGAACACGUCGAGCAUCUGUCAAACUGAAAUUGUAAAUCUCAGAGCCGGAAUACGCCGAAAUAAGUGACAAGCUCUCUAUGUAAUGUGAUGCUUUUUUGUGCAGUCAUCGAUGACUGAGCUCAAGACAAUAUCAACUCAAGAGUUUGGUUUUAAUUACACGUGCCGAAAAACCCAAGGACCUCACAGGAGCCCGCUCCAUGGUUCUGACAUUGCAUUAUUACCCUUCAGAGCCACCUCCACAAAACGCAUGCGACGUGCUCCGCGUUUAAGUGCUGGAGUGAAUUAUAGCUCACAGAACACGUUGAAAUUAGUAGAGGCGUUGCAGCACGCUCACACGCAGGAGUUUAACCGAUUUAUAUUAUUAUUUUAUUCUGCAGUGUCAUCCAUCUUCUUGUCAGCGUCUUGGCCUUUGUUGAUGAAUCUGUUUCCAUCCAGACUCGUCAGCAGGAAAGGUCGGCGAAGUUGUGGAAGAGACAAGGCGGGCGUGUUGGCGCAUGCCUGUGAUCCAGCCACCUUUGAGUGGAGGCAAGGGUAGGUAGAUCACACAGAUGUUUGAAACUUCAAAACCCGCUGGGCCACAUACAGCAGCGAGUUUCAUGAACAAGUGCGGACCUUUGAGUAUUUUCCAUUCGCUGUAAAUAAAUUUGCAUUAGGAUGCUAGGUUUUUUUUGCGGGAGCGCUGAAUACAUUUCCGAUGCGCUCACCGAACUGCACCCCACUUGCUGUUCGGCAUGAUGUCCGACGUUUCUGAACAACUGAAAAAGUUAUUCAAUAAGCUUCCCCCACCCCCCAAGGCCGUCGAUCGAAACGACGGACAUCGUGCCGCACAGCACGCGGUUACAAACUCGACAACUCAUGGGGGGGGCGGAACUGACAACAGCAGACGUCACCGCUGACGUCACCGGUAACCAAACUGAACAAAGCAACCCUGGUUCGCCACCCCCGCCCCCCAUCUCCCCCUGCCUCGCCCGCCUCCCAAAAACAAACCCCACAUUCGUCCAGCAUUUGCCUUGCUCGGGGCGUGCCUCCUCGGCUUGACCAUCAGUCAGUCAAACGCGCCGAGGCAAAUGUCAACACAGGCCCUAACACACACAAAAAAUGUGUUUCCGAUCCGUCUUCGGUUUCCACCUCUUGGGAACCCUAAAAGGUCGCGGGAGGCCUAAUUAGACACGGGGCUCGGCUGAUCGGCCCACGUGGAGUGGCGGCAAAAGGCUCGGCCACGGCCUGCUGCGUUAGCAGCAGCAGCAACAACAAAAAACACACGGGAUCGCCGAGGGUAUACGGAGGGGCGGUUAACGAUCGGUUGUUUCGGGCAGGCCGUAUUCCCUCCUAUUUGUGCCCCCUGGUUUAUAUGCAGGUAGUCUCUGUUUUUGAAUUUGUCAUGGCGGCAGGAGCUGCUGUGGUCGCGUUCGGGAGAGCGCACGUAUCCCUCCCGUCCAAACGGCGCCAAAGUAUGCGUUUUUAUGCCGAAGGGUUGUUAACGAUGGAUCGACGGUGAAUUGAUGUAAUUGGCGGUGCACCGGUGCAGCAUAACACACCGGUUCUCAUAAAGCAGUCUGAAAUAUUUAAAUAUAUAAUAAUUGAACCGUCAAAUCUGUUCAGUCUUGAUUUGACCCUGUCAUCAAGUUUCACGCGAUUCGAAGGUUCAUUCAGUUUUCUGAGACUUGCAACAACAAAAAAA